AUGGAACCACCUACAAAGAAGAGACGGCAUGGCUCUUCAUCUCACAAAGACGCCCAAGAUGAAGAGGACGACGAUGAGCUGUCUUCACAUCCUCAGGAACUCAAGAUCCGCCGGGACCCAGAUAUUCAAUUUGCACUGAAACGAGCAAACGCAAACCAGAAACUUCAUGCCACUAUGGCUCAUAUUAUCGAAAAGUACAGUCGCGACUUUGAAGGUAUUGGAGAUGAAAUCGAUAUGGCUACCGGAGAGAUUGUGGUGAACAAUGGUCAUUUGCACAACAUGCGCGAUGAGGGCGACGUCGAAGGUCUAUGGGUGGAAGGCGACAGCAACAUUGAUGAAGACGAAGGAAUUCUACUUGAGGAUCUUACAGACGAAUACUCUGACAACGAAACACCGAUCACUGAGAUUCGUGACUCUCAAACGGAAAAUGAGAGUUCCCAGGAAGCAAGGACGAAAGAGAAGGACGACAAGGCAGGUCAACCUGGUGGAAAUGAAGGGGCCGAUGAAGCGAUGGGAAAUGCUCCAAACAUCGCCAGCAGUCAAGAUGAACCGCCACAAGACAAAAUUACAGCGUCACCCUUUGACCUCCCUCACGACGAUGCUCGAUCAAGUCCCUCACCCUUUGGACCUGGUCCUUCUCUUAGCUACGGAAUGCCACCUCCAGGUUUUGGGCCAUGGGGAAUGAUGCCUGGAUUUCCUAUGCAGGCUUGGGGUCGCGACGAUAUCCCUCCUUACUUCAACAUGCCACCGAGCAUGCCUGGACCAUGGUACAACGGAGGAAGAUACGACUUUCCCAGCAACAACGGGCAAAGCUCCAUUUGGGGUCGCAACUGGGCGAGGAAAACUAAACCAGUGGGUUCCAUGAAAGGCUCGUUCAAGAAGGCCUCCAAAAAGCACUCAAGUGACGUCCCCAUUGAGAGCGAAACGGAGGCUGCAGAUGACGGCCAUGAACCAAAUUCCAGGUCCAUGGGAGAGAAGACUCCUAGACAGGAACUUCCAUUGUCUGAUCGAACUAUCAAUGCCAGUGACGAGGAAGACGAUUUCCUGUGCUCAGUGACCACAGAAUCAACGCCCAUCGUGCGUUCCAGUCUGGUUCCAUCGAAAGGGAAAGGCCCGGCUAGGAGACGCAGUGUCCAGCCUCUUUCGCAAAUAUCUCUUGAAGAAACCAACACCAACCCUACUAGAGUUUCGUCACCGCCCAAGGAGAAGGACGACUCUGGGCGUAGGCGCUCUGGUAGAGCCAGAAGGCAGACGGAAUAUAUGGGGAAAAUCUCCUGGGAAGAUGCACGGGAAAUGAGCAAGUCGGGGAACACCGUGAGUGUGAAGAUACAUAGGGUCGACCCAUCCAUUCGAGAAGAGUAUCAAAGCGUCGAUCUGAGUAGCGAGGAUAGUGAGGGAGAAGAGCCCCCAUCUUCCGAGCAGACGCAAAAUAACCAACCGUCAACAGAAACACGAGGUCUGGAACCAGCUUUUUCCAAAAUGGUUGUUCCAGACUCGCAAGACACGGCGACUCCAUUCAAUAGCAGUGCCCCUGAAGCGUCUCAAUCCAAUGAGAAGACUAAGGAGCUAAGCCCUUUCAUUCCAAAUACUAUCUCGACGAUGGAACUAUCAGACGACGAGGCACCCCUUGUUCUUUCAAGAAUCAGAGUCCCCAAACAGCAGACCACAGCCCCCAAAAUAUUUUCUCUGGCAUCCGAUGUGCCACCAAGACAUCAUGAUCGCACUGCUGAACCCAUUACUGCCAUAGAUACUGCGAUGAAGGAUGGCAGAAAAAGCGCCGACGUGGUAGAGGAUGCUGUACAGCCGCUCAAGCGGAAGCCUAGAAGGCCGAAAGGCUCAGCUAACACUACGAAAACAACACCGACUCAUGUUUCUCUGGCAGUACCAGCUGAGAAGGUCGAACCUCCAUCACCUGCUCCUACUACUGUACCAACAAAUGGUGACCUUUCUCAACCUCCGAAAAGAAAACGCGGAAGGCCAAGGAAAUCGGAAGUUGUAGCUCCAAUUGCUCGGAGUGAAGCGAAGGAUCACACACACGAGCUUAUAUAUAAUGAUCGCGAUGCCCCAGAAGACUCCGAGCACGAAGCUGCCGAUAAGAUUCCAGAGAACAAAGAUUCUCAGGUAUCGCAUCGCCUAGCGCACGAAAUCAGAUGGCUCCUCAAAACCAAACCCAAGAACUCUGCUUCUGACAGGAUACAAUGCCCUUCCUCGGAUGAGCACGUCAGGCCCCGGAGAUCGAGAGAGUCGCUGGAGCAGUCCGAAGAUAACAUUGCAGAGUCAGAGGAUGAUGCGCCGGAAGCGAUGGAAGUUAUCGAGGAUAUAGAUCAUGGUACAGAGGAACAAAGAGAACCUGAGAAACCAGAGUCCCCUAUACAAGAAGAUGACACCAUCAUGGAGGAGGCACCAGCAUAUCGCGAGAUCUCACCAGAGAAUGCCCAAGGCAAUCAAACAUUACCGUCCAGUCCCGUUUCCCUUGCCCUCGAAAACCGAGUUGCUGAUGAUGGCAAUGAGUCCGCCGAGGUCAAUAGUCAUGCUGUUCAGUUGACUAGCGACGAUGAAGACACCCGGGAUCAAGAGCCGCUUCCUACCCUACCUGAAGAUACCUCUGUUCAAGAAACCUCAACGCCAAGGAAACCGAAAGAUACAAGGAAAUCUCUUUUGGAACCACCCUCAAGCUCUCAGAAACCCCAUACCCCUCGCCACAGGUCUAUCCGUACAAAACGUGCGCCAUCGUCAAGACGCUCCCUCCUAUCUUUUGUGUCAGAUUCCGAUUCAGACCCUGAAGGUACCCGCGACGAGCUAACACGAAAAAUAAAAUCACACUCCAAAUCAACAAGUGCUCGACCAUCCUCGAAGAAGGUUUGGAGGUCUACAACUCUGACGAGAGACAUUCAUAGGACGCCCAGUAGGAGACGUGUCCAUGAUGUGUCUAGUCCUGUCGGCACGGUGAAGACGCCGGGUGGUACAGUACGGCUUCAUGGGAAUACUCGAGGUGGAUUUGCCAUGUAG